AUGGCCGGCGACAAGAUCCCGUAUGUUUCCAAUUCCUCUGCAGUCCCUGUUGUGCCUGUUGUGCCCGUUGUGCCCGCAACCCGCCAACCAGACCCCUCCUCCGCCUAUACGCAACCAGCUCUCGCACUACAGACAACCACUAGCAAUCCAUUGUCGCAUUCUGACUCUCUCUCUCUCUCUCUCAGCUACCCCAAGCACGUCUGGUCUCCCGCCGGUGGCUGGUACUCACAACCCAAGAACUGGAAAGCCAACACUGCCGUCAUGGGCCUCUCGGUCGUCGUCGUCGCUGGCGUCUUCUUCAGCUUGAGCGCCGAACGUGAACACCGCUACAAGAUGCCCGAGCAGGGCCGCUUCUUCCCCAGCAGAUAG